CAGGCCGUGAAAAUCCUCAGCGUUGUGCUUUUGCUCUAGCCGUGACUGUCUAUAGCCAGCGCGUAAAGUUGUGCAUAGGGGAGGGGGUUUGGUCGGAGAGCGCAUCGGUGAAUGCAGGAGUGGCUAGAAGCAGUGCGCCGGAUGAGUCUGAAACACCACUGCGGAGAACUCACCGAACCAAGCCGAGCAACUCCGGACAGCGCAUAUUUUGAACUAUACUUUAUGCGCCGUAUCCAGUUAUGGACUUUUUUUAUUUCUCGCUCGUUACGCAACAGAUCGUUCACCUCUACGCGUUCCUUAGCACUAAUAUAACAAAUUACGCAUUUAAAGGUAGAGACUGAUCUUGUUUUGGUAUGGAGGUACUGCAGAGGCAACAUGAGUUCUGAUACAGAUCAUGCCGUGAACUUCUUUAGCAAUGAUUCCUCCGAACUUCCUCCGGAACUGCUGUCGCAAGUGGCGUCCAACGUCUCCAACUGGACCUCGGCAAGAAACGGCACCGAAUCGAGUUCGUUCAACCUCAGUCGUGCGGUUCCACUGGGCAUGGUUCUUGGCGCUUUUAUUGUGUUUGCCAUCGUGGGUAAUAUUGUCGUGAUCCUGUCCGUUGUAUGCAACAGGCACCUGCGGAUUCCAACCAACUACUUCAUCAUUAAUUUAGCCAUGGCAGACCUGUUGCUGGGCACCACCGUGCUACCAGUAUCCGCCACAAAGGAAAUUCUCAACUACUGGGUGUUUGGAAGGAUUUUCUGUGAUAUCUGGGCUGCGCUGGAUGUCCUCUGCUGCACCGCAUCUAUAAUGAGCCUGUGCGUAAUCUCCAUAGACCGAUAUAUUGGGGUGCGCUACCCUUUGCAGUACCCAAGUAUCGUGACGGAGAAAAGGGCGCUCCUGGCAAUGCUUGGGGUUUGGGUUCUUGCAAUUGUCAUUUCUAUCGGACCAUUGCUCGGAUGGAAAGAACCGCCCUCGGAGGACGAAACAGUUUGCCUCAUCACAGAAGAGCCGUUUUAUGCCCUGUUCUCCUCAUUGGGCUCUUUCUAUAUCCCUUUAGCGGUUAUUUUAGCAAUGUACUGCCGGGUGUAUAUAGUUGCCAAAAGAACUACUAAAAAUCUGGAGGCAGGAGUGAUGAAGGAGCGCAUGGAUUCAAAUGAGCUGACGCUCCGGAUUCACUAUAAAGGCUCGCAGACGCAGGAUGACUGCAGCGCAGCGGGUAAAGGCCAUAUGAGGAGCUCACUUACUCUUAAAUUACUUAAAUUUUCCCGAGAGAAGAAAGCUGCUAAAACACUUGGUGUUGUGGUGGGGAUGUUCAUCCUCUGCUGGUUACCAUUCUUCCUCGCACUACCAAUUGGAUCCUUUAACGAAAGCUUACGUGUUCCUGAGACAUUCUUUAGAGUCAUCUUCUGGCUGGGUUACUUCAACAGCUGCCUAAACCCCAUCAUUUACCCCUGCUACAGUCGUGAGUUCAAACAGGCCUUCAUUCGGAUCCUGCGAUGUCAGUGUCAGCAGAGGAAACAACAGGGGUGGAAAGCGUACAACUAUCGAGUCCAGAUGGGCUGCGCGAGCCAGGGCUUCACAGACACCAGCUCCAUUUCAAUGAAUAGCAGUCAGCAGACCCUGGCGCUGAUGCAGCCCAGCCCGAGUUUAAGUAGGGGCUCUCGUCAGCCGUCGGCCCAUCUUCCAGGCUGGGGUUCCUGCAACUCCCCUCCCUCUUUAUCUGGGAGUCCCUUCCUGAGUAUGAAGAGGUCCACCCGGAGUCCCUGCAAAACCAGUGGAAUGACUUUGCUUUUCCCUAACUGGUCCCGUUCCAAAGGACCUCAGCACGCUAACGGACAAAAUGCUAAUGGAGGAGUGGAGCAGGUGCCAAAAUCUAGAACCACACCAGAGACUUCAAUGUAGCUUGGUAUCAAUAGUGACUUAAAUGGCAGAAAUGUCUUUCUAAAUGAAUUUAAUACAUUAUUGUCAAUGUGAAACACACUGCGCAUCCUGUCAUGCAUGUCUGCAUUGUAAAUCUAAUAGUUGCUUUUAAUAUUAAAUAGGCAGGGAGGACAUUUACAUUAAAACAUUUGGUGGACGCUUUUAUCCAAAACAAUUUACAGUGCUUUAAGGUUUACAUUUUAUCAGUAUGUGUUCCCUUGGGAUUAAACCCUUACUGAUAACGCAAUGCUUUACCAAUUGAGCUACAGGAACCAUUUUUUCACCCCUGUAAAGUGUGUUAUGUGUACAUACUGUUGUAAGUUUGUAGAUUAGGAAGUGUAGAUGUUUUCAGGUUGGAGAUCAGUUUUGCAUCUGGACAAGCCGCACACAACUGUGAGCAUGAAACUCACUAUUUUAUAUCUCUUUUUGAUCUUCAUGUUACCUUUGCCAUCAUCUCCAGGUUGUGCCAGUUUUAUAAUAAUCCCAUUAGCCUGGUUAAGAUACUUUGAUUGGAUUGAUAGUUUAAGAUAAACCAAUGCCAUCUUGUAGUCUUCAGUUCAAUAAGAAUGUUUUUCUGUUGUCUUAACUGAUUUAGAUUUGUUUUGGGUCAAUGCUAAACACCUUACAUAAAAAGAUGGCAUGAAAAGGUUGUAUGAGUACAGAUGAAGAACCGAAACAAACCAGCAAAAAUGGUUAUUCCCAUAGGUGUAUGUGCUGUACACACUCUUUGUGCUUUAUUAUAAGAUUUUAUUUUUGGUUUUACAUUUACCAUUCAACUAUUCGUUGGAUUGCAUAAAGUACAAUAUUUCCCUAGGGAAAUUUCAUUGAUAGUUAUUGAAUUUUUUAUCUGCCAUGUGUGCCCUUCUUGAAUACAUUUUAUCCUAGAACCUGUACAUUUUAUUGUGGACCAUAUUGGUUGUGUUAAAUUGUGUGCUACAAUACAAAAAUACCUUUCUUUUAUUUAAGAC